AUGAAGGAGAACGAUUUCGAGGUAGACAACGGAAAGAGCGCCUUCUCAAGGGCAUUCCAAACUGAUCUAGAAUCAUUCGAUUACUACUACAAGCAAGAUCCAGAUCGAGGCCGCCGAUUUUCCCUUGGAAUGACUCCUUUCACGGGAUUUUAUGCGUCAAGCCUCGCAUUAUAUCCAUUUCAAGACCUUCAACCCGGAGCUCUUAUAGUGGAUGUAGGCGGAGGAAGUGGACACGUCUCUAGUGAAAUCGCCAAAGCAAACCCCAAGCUCAAAUUCAUUGUACAGGAUCUCGAGGGACCUGUCUUGCUCGGCAGGUCAACUUACAAAGACUCUGGAUUCCCAGUCGAGUGGCAGAUACACAACGCAUUCCAUGCACAGCCCGUGAAGGGAGCUGAUGUGCACUUCAUGCGGCGCGUAUUACAUGAUCAUUCGGAUGCUAUCGGUGCCAAUAUUCUGAAGAUGAUAUGCGAGGCGAUGGAUCAAAAGUCUCGCAUCCUAAUUGAGGACAUGAUUGCCCCAGAUCUUCAUGGCGAGGAUAGCGAAUGGUUCAUCAAUCACGCAGACAUUGUUAUGAUGAUGAUGCACAAUGCAAAAGAGCGAACUCUCGGGCAGUGGGAAUCCUUGAUCAAAGACGCCGAUGAGAGAUUGAGCAUCGCGAAAGUUUGGAAAGCACAGGGUGACAGAAAAAGAGACUGUGCAAUAAUCGAGGUGAAACUCGGUCCGUAG